AAGUGAAAUAAUUAUCACUAUAAUUAUAUAAAAUAAAUUAAUCAGUUACAUUUUUUUUAUGUAUAUAAGGAAAAUGAUAGGGUUGGGUUGAAUUGAGAGAGUGGAGAGAACAGAGAUCCAGUGAGUAGAGAGAAACAGUAUCUUUCUCUGUCUCUGUUUCUGUUUUCUCUUGGCCUCUUUCUUACUGUCAGAAGCAGCACUGUUACACUACCCUGCAACUGCACUUCUCUACCAUCAACCUUUUCUUUCUUCUCAGGCUUUUACCAGGAGUAACAAAAACAGUCAGAAGAAAAACCGACUCUGUUUUGAUUUGGCAGAGAAAGUGGUUUGCAUGAUCUGGUUUUGUUGGAUUUGAAGAAGAUGGGUAGAGGCAGAGGAAAGGGUAAAAAGUUAAGUGUGAGCAAUGAAGAAGAUGGUGUUAUAAGUGGGGAGGAAGAGAGGGUUCCGAAGCAGAAAAGAAGAGGAAGGCCACAAAAAGUGUUGAAGGAUGAGUUUGAUGAAGAAGAAAUUGAGGAAAUGGAAGCUGAUGGUAGUGGUGAGAGCGUGAAGAAUGCAGUAGUCUCUAGCAAAGAGACGAAGAAUCUGAACAGCACAAAACAAGGAAGAAAAAGAAAACGAAAUUCGGAAGAGAAAACAGAAGCAGGUGAAGAGAAAAAUGGGGUUAGAAUUGGAUCAAACAUUGAUGGCUUAACAAAGUGUAAUGGAUUUAGAAACAAUGGAAGCAGACGAAAAAGUAAACCUCGUCGAGCUGCAGAAGCUGGUGUGCUGUGUAAGCAAGACUAUGCUUGAAAAAACCUUUCUUUCUUCUCAUGUUUCGUAACUAGCAAUUCAUUUCUUUCAUUUUUUUUUUGUUUAUCCUUUUCUGGUUUGAGGGAUUCAUUGGUGUUGUUUUCCUAAUUAUAUUUUGAUAAUGAAUCAGGAAAUUUACUACUAUA